UGGAGAAAGUGUAUAAAUAUAGCAGUUAUUGGCUUCACCACAAAUCAAGCUAAGCCCUGUUCUCUUCUUCUAAGAAUAUCAUCAACCUUUAUUGGAGAAGAUAUACCAUUUCUCUUCCCUCUUCUUCCUUCUCUUUCUCUCUCUCUGUUUCUCUCUCCUCUGUUCUUGCAGGACAGGAGAGGGAAUUGAAAUCUCCGCUCAAAUGUAAAUAAUACCUUCCAUUUUGAAUUUUUUUUUCUUUUAUUUUUUCCGGGAUCUUUUUUUUCUGAUUGAGUUGAGACCAUCCCCUUACCAUAAUCAUGGAAGGAGGUGAGACAGUUAAAGAGGUUGGGACAGAAAUCCUUAUGGACAAAGGGAAGGAGGUGUCGGAGGAGGAGGAGGCUGCUGAAAAAGAAACCCAAGAAACAGAGCCCGCGAAUGAUGUCGAAAACAAGGCAGCAGAGUCCGUGUCGUGUGGGACUGUGGAUGAAUCGUCUCCGAGGGGUGUUUUGGAGAUACCCGUGCCGGGUUCGGACUCGGACCCGAGCAGCAUUGACGACAGCACCAGCAAUUUGGCGGCGGAAAGAGGGAUUGCAUUGGACAUGAAUUAUGGGGCUGUACAUCUGAAAAAACUGUUUGGUCAGAUAAAGCGGAGGUCUGCGAUGAGUAUCACGAGUAUUCCGAUUAUCGGUUACGACAUUUCGAAGAAGGCGUUUAAGAGGAAGUUGGGGAGGAAUAACAGCUCCGAGGAGUCCAUUGAUUGUGAUGAGCUUGUCGUGCCUAAGCCAUCUUGGAGGAACUUUACUUAUGCCGAACUUAAACAAGCUACUGAUAAUUUUAGUUCCGAUAAGUUGCUUGGGAAAGGUGGGCAUGCCGAAGUAUAUAAAGGGUUCUUGCCGGAUGGUCACGUCGUAGCUGUGAAGAAAAUAACAAAGGAAGAAAAGAAGAACGAGGACAGAGUCGGUGAUUUCUUGACCGAGCUUGGGAUCAUUGCUCACAUUGAUCAUCCAAAUACGGCUAAGUUGAUCGGCUUCAGUUCCGAUGGUGGUUUGCACCUUGUCCUCCAAUUUUCUCCACAUGGAAGCCUGGGAACUGUACUACAUGGUUCUGGAGAGAGUUUGGAUUGGAACCUGCGGUAUAAGGUGGCUUUAGGGAUUGCUGAGGGACUGAAGUAUCUGCAUUGCGACUGCCAAAGGCGUAUAAUUCACAGAGACAUAACAGCCUCAAACAUAUUACUCUCAGAAGAUUAUGAUGCUCAGAUAUCCGAUUUUGGACUGGCAAAAUGGCUUCCAGAGAAAUGGCUUCACCAUGUUGUUUCUCCAAUUGAAGGCACUUUCGGGUACAUGGCUCCGGAGUAUUUCAUGCAUGGGAUAGUUCACGAGAAGACUGAUGUGUUUGCUUUUGGUGUCCUACUGCUCGAGCUCAUAACCGGCCGUCGAGCAGUUGAUUCAAGCCAACAAAGCCUUGUGAUGUGGGCAAAACCGCUCCUGGAGCAGAACAACAUCAAAGAAGUUGCAGAUCCUCGGUUAGGGGAAAACUACAGCGUUAUAGAAAUGAAGCGUGCCAUGUUUGCAGCUUUCAUAUGCAUACAUCACUUGCCCAACAUGCGUCCCAACAUGCCCCGGGUUGUUCAGGUGUUAAAGGGCGAGCACGAACCCUUAGACAUGAAGAAUAAACAAAAGUCGAUGGGCAUGAAAGCACUUCUUUGGGAGUCAUGCGACUUAGAGGACUACACGUCUACGACAUACUUAAACGACUUGAAUCGCCAUAAGGAGCUAAUUAUGGAGUAACCAUUUCGCCUCCAAGAAUCGAGAUAAGCUUACUCCGGAGGCUCUGAACCAACCGUCCUAGCAACUGCAAUCUGAAGAUGGAUUAAAUUUCUUAAUAAUUUCGAUUUUGCAAAGGCUAUGAUGGAAGAGUCCUCAGUGUUAUACGUUUUGUCAAUAUUUUCUCUUUAUCUAAUAUGAAAGCGCAGCUGAGGAAAAAACACAAAACAAGUGGUACUAUGAAUGAACAAUAGAGUAUAUACGGAAAAGGAUUAGUAUUUAUACCUUUUCUAUUUUUGGUGGUGUUGUUGUUUUUCUCAGAAUUUGCAUGAUUAGGAGUGUUAAUAGAAUGGAAUUAGAGGUCUAAAACGCACGUAGAGAUGUACAUAUUAGGGUUUGAAUCUGUGCCACGCUUAUGCAUGGAUCAUUAUAUCCUAUAUCUUUUAUUUU